GUACGAUGUACUAACAUAAAAACCGUUUUGUGUAAAUUCGCCUUUGCGUCUAAAACCUCACUCGAGUCGGUCACACCCGGCAACGAAAGAAGAGAUAUGCAGACGAGGAGACUUCCAGAGGACGACCUUGUCCCUCUUGUCAAGUUUCCUCCUCGCCACCGUCGCGAACCCCAGCUCUUUAUCGUGGACCCCACUCCCUCUCGCAAGAAGAAAACUUCAACGAGCCGUAAAUCCGUCGUCAAACGGCGGCAACCGUCGUCUCCUAAAAGAAAACGCAAUCUCGAUACGUGCUCUAACGAAACAGGGACAGGUAGAGAGAUUGUGUAUGUAGAACCUGUUCAGAGACACUUACUUGGAGAAAGACGCUUGUCUCGAAGUAUAACGUUUUAUGAAAGACGCAGAACCGAACAGGAUCAUCGCCGUGCUUCCAAGGAUUUCCUUUUGCCUCAAGGAUGGACUGUUAAAGAGGUUCAGAGGAGAAACUCAUCUCAUAUUGAUAAGUAUUACACUGAACAAGAAACGGGAAAGCGGUUCCGAUCCCUUGUUUCCAUUGAGAGGUACUUGAACGACGUUGCUUCGUUCUCUAAGGUGCAUUCUGAGCAAGUUCCGCUUUUGGCGAUUUGUGGUAUUGAAUAUGAUACCGUGGUUGUUGACCAAAAUCCACCAGAGAAAGUUAAAUCGGUACUUAAAGGUCCAGAGGGAGACAUGUUUAGAGCGCAUGUUAGCGAACGUCUCUAGCUCUGUCAAACAGACCUGGUCUAAGAGUUUUGUCUCAUUGAUCCCACACCAGUGAGUGUUAACCAUCUGAACCCUAGGUUUGGCGUUUUCUUGUGGCCGGUUUUGGUAUACUGUUAACAAGAUAGUGUCUCCAAGUUGUUCAUGUUUCGGUCUAGUUUAUAACUGACUGACCUGAAUCAUUGGUUUUUGCCAGAUUUUACAUGUCCAUAGUCGGUAGGAACCGGGUUUCGUGUAAUAUCGGUUAGGUCUAUGUGUUUUAAUCUAGAAAUGGUUAAUGAAAACUUACAACUUCGAUGGCAUAUUGUUUCUAUAACAUAUUAUUA